AUGGCGUCCGCGACUCCUCCUGCAAAGCGCGUCAAGACCGAAUUCGCCGAGAUCCCUGCAAAUUUCAGCGUUGGUGACAAGGUCUACGUUUCUGGCUUACCCGAUGCGACCAGAAAGACGCUGUUUGAAGUCCAUGAGGUGAUAGGUGGAGGAUCAGAGUGGCGCUAUCCCAUCAAGAACAACGCCGUCAUGUUUGAAGGAGCAACAAUGUUCGUCAAGGAAAGUCAUUUGUUCACGAUUGAGCAUGAGAUCGGCACCAAGUUCAUUGAGGACAUCGUGGGAAGUCACGGCAAGACCAUUGCUUACACGUGCAUCGACGAUUGGCACUUUGUCGGCGGAAGGGUCGUCUACGAUCUGAGUCUUACUCGCGACGUCGAGCGCCGAGAUAAGCCGACGGAAGUCCUCAAGGUUGGCCGGCUCGGAGAAGUCGAGGUGCUUGGGAAGAUAACGUCCAAGAUCUAUCGAGACAGGGCUUCUAGACGUGUGCUGUAUUUUGGGACGGAGUUCUGUGAUGUAACGGUAAAGGCUACGGCAGACCAGCUCGGGCCUGUCUACCGUGGCUGA